AAAAGGGCUCUCCAGUCUCUUGCUUGGAAUAAACAAACCAAACAAAAGAAGGCCGGGCUGCGGGCAGCAGCACAAGUCAUAGGGAGGGAGUGGUAGCAGAUAGCUCGUCAACAAAAACAUACAUCCAAAAGCUGCCAGCCUGCCACCGCAAAGCCAUCCAAAUUUUCACCCAAAACCAGACAAAGCAUUCGUUUCAGCAGUUCUGUGCUGCUGCUGCAAAGCAUAGGCUAAUCAGGCGGAGGCCACAAUCGAAAAUACAAAGAGUUCUUGAGAAUCAGUAUAGAGCAUAUACAAGAGUUCUAUCGAAGGAAGAAAGGAAAUUUAGCAAGAAAAAAAUAAUAAUAAUAAAUAAAGAGAGAAGACUGUGAGAGAUGACCACAUCUUUAUCAUUGAGGCUGUUGCUGUUGCCUAUUCCUCAUUCUUAUCCACUGGCCUGUGCUUUUUCCCCUUUGGGUUCUUCCAAAAUCUCUCCUUUUCCCCACCCGAACAAUCCCUUUUCUGCAUUGGACUCUUCUUCAUCCUCCUGUGGGAGAUGGGCUUCUUUCCGCAAAAACAAGUGGCUUUAUGGAUAUGAGAAAAGACAUCAAGGUUCUGAGGGCGUGAGAGAUGAAGAUGAUCAUCAGGUGCAAAUGUAUGGUUCUGAUGAAGAGGUCAAAACUCAGAUUCCAACUCAAGCCCAAUCUAUUGUUGAAGGGUCAGGAGCAGUUCUGCUGUCUGAGUACAAGCCUGCCCCUGAUGUGGACUACAUACAGGAGUUACUAGCAAUUCAACAACAAGGCCCAAGGGCUAUUGGGUUCUUUGGGACAAGAAAUAUGGGAUUCAUGCAUCAGGAACUUAUUGAAAUUCUCAGCUAUGCAUUGGUCAUAACGAAGAACCAUAUUUUCACAUCUGGAGCAUCUGGAACUAAUGCUGCUGUUAUUAGAGGUGCUCUUCGUGCUGAAAAACCAGAGCUUCUCACUGUUAUAUUGCCUCAAAGUUUGAAAAAGCAACCUCCUGAGAGUCAGGAGUUAUUGGCUAAAGUUCAAAAUGUAAUAGAGAAGCCUCAUAAUGAUCAUCUUCCACUUAUAGAAGCCAGCAGGCUGUGUAACAUGGAUAUUAUUUCACAAGUACAGCAAGUUAUUUGCUUUGCCUUUCAUGAUAGCAGACUGCUCAUGGAAACCUGUCAAGAAGCUAAGAAUAUGAGGAAGAUAGUUACCCUUUUUUACUUGGACUGACAGAGCUGCAAUUCUUUUUAUUUCUGUCAAUAUAAAUUUUUGUUCCAAGGCAAUUAUUAUCUUCGGUUUUUGGAUUGGAAGGGCCAGACAGAACGGAUUUUGUCUCUGCAAGUGGAACACUGCAGAGAAACGGCCGAUUCAUGGUUCGUAUAUUGGAAAGUAGAGGGCAGCUUCUAGUUGAUUAUAUUUUUUGCAAGAGAAAUUAAGAAAUGUACUAAAUCUAGCAAUGUGUUUCAUAACACAGAUGUUAGUGAUAGGUCUUAUCUGUAAAACCCCUUUUAUAUAUAUCACUAACACAGAUGUUAGUGAUAGGUCUUAUCUGCAAUACAGAUCCUGUGUAUAUAUAUCCCUUUUGCUUCUUGGUGGCAUACAUUUAUUAGAAUUAUUGAUGAGCACUUUUUACAUUUUUA